AUGGCCAACGGGCUUGAGAAGUUGGAGAAGUUUUUCGGUGGCUCGAGGAGGAGGGAGAGGGAAAGAUACAGAACGACGCAGCAGAAGGUUUCGGUCGUUCCUCGCCAACCUUCGUCGCCAAUUUUCCCAUCACCAUCGUAUCUCAGACCGACAUCAAUACAUAUGGUUGCGCGGGAAGCCCAAGUCGAUGCACCCGAGCGAGACAAGGGUCGAGCUCAAAGCGUCCCUGAAUUGCAAGAGGCGUUGCCAAAACGUUACUCCGUUGCUUCAAGCCUGACCGUUGUUGAUAGCCACCAGAGUCCAAGUACUCCGUGCCGCUCAUCGCCGUUGCUUGACGAUAGCCCUAGCAGCUCGGGAAGUGCUCCGAGGCUCUCACGAUUCAGAUUUCCGGAAGACUCACUCUUCAGGAACGACGAGCUCAUGAGAAUAUCUGGAGAUACUUUCGCGCCAGAUGCCUCUCUGGAAGAAUCCUCACGCAGCCAUCAAGUGGAUCCAUUCAAAGGGGCCCGGUUACUAGACUGGACUCCUCGACAUAUCUCGCUGCUCUUCGAUCCGCUUGAGGUCGACGAGUCUUUCAAAAAUCACCCACCGAACUCACAGGAUGAUGCCGCAGAAUGUACGAGCUUGGUUCCUUCUCCGUUGUUCUCAAGGACUCCGAUUUCGACAACAGAGGAGCACAAACCUGCCCCAGAAUUAACCCCGCUGCUGGCGGCGCCUCCUCCGUUGCCUAGGGAUAGUUCGACGCGAAAACUGACGUUGUUCCCAAGGCAACAUUCGUUAUCCCCGUUUUGGAAACCACAUAUGGACUCCCCACCGAUGUCCGACAGUGAGGAGGAUUGGCCUCGCGUUUCCAUUGAUCGUUCUAUGUCUCUAUGCGCCAGGCCUCCGCCACGUGCUGACAUGACGCUACGUCCUUCAACUGGUCACCGUUCGACACUCGGCACUUCAAGAGAGGAACCCAGAGGAAGGAUUAGGGAAACGUGGGGUAAUAGACGAGGCGACCCCACGAUCAGUGUUCCUCAGCCGAGAAACAGCGCCGGAAUUCUACGAUCACGACUCCGUAAAUCUGCAAGUGUUGCGAGCUUGUCGACUUUGACUUCUCAUAUCGCGAAAGACCGUGUACUCACGGAACCUACCUUCGUCGAUUUCCUUGCUCUGAGUGAUGAUGACAUCGCUGAAAGUCGGCCAGAGACACCCGUGGCAGACUCUUGUAUUCCGCCCACUCCACCGCCGAAGGACGAGUCGAAAUUUGGUACUAGGGGAGUGUCGCGAGACCUCUCUGCAAUACCAGAAGCUCAACCCAUUGCUUUCAACCCUUGCUUCGGAGAAAUAACUCCGCCUUGCACUCCCACCAACUCCCAGCUUCUGGCUCUGAAAUAUCCGGCUGGCAGUCCACGCGACACCCUCGGAGCUAUGUGGGCGGCAGAUCUAGCCAAGAAAUACAACUUCGAUGUUGUAUAUGUGCUCAGUCUCUGGCCAAUCGGAGGCGGAUCUUAUCUAGACCCCUCGAGGCGUUCCCGCCCAGACCGACCACACAGCAGAGUCCAAGACGUUGCUGUCCACGACGCUGGUAGCAUCCCCUCUCAUGCUUCGAAUAUGACAGGGCGAGUCCUUGCCGCUUAUGGGUUGAGCGAAGUGCCAUCCCCUUUCGAAAUCACCACUGAGAUCCACAUCAAUGCACUGAAGUGUAGCAAUUGGAUAGAGUACCGCAAUCAUGGUGCGCGUACGAACGAUAUCUCGCGUGGAUGGAUAUGUCCGUUCCGAAGCGAUUAUGUUCCGGUUUCCAAUCCAGGCGAUUGCGCGAAUAUUCCGCUGGGAGGCAAGAACCGAGGCAUGGUGUUUGCUGCGUACGUCAGACGAGCGUGCCAAUCAGCAAUACCCAUCAAAACGUCGCCAGAGCAGGAAGUUGUUCUCGAAACACUUCGCGUUGACGCGGAGGCCUUUGUCGAGAUUCUGGUCGAUAGUGCACCUACGGAAUGA